AUGUCUGACGAUGCUGUUCAACAAGUGUCAGACACAAUGCAGCACGGUAACUAUGUUUUAAUGAGGAAAUUGACUGGAGUAAAGCCGACUUUGGCCAGACUGAGGAAAGGUGCUACAAUUUGUGUGGAUAACCUGACUUUUAAACCUGAUCCGGUUUUGGGAAAAAAGUUUGGAGUAUAUACAGCACAAAAUGGACAAUUAGGACCGGAUGAAGCUGAUGUUGACAAAGGUAAGGGUUUGAUUUUGAUUGGCUUUUGUUUUUAGGUAUUGGUUUGAUUUGAGGGUUAUAACUUGGCUGAAAGCUGUUUGAUUUUUGUGAAUUUUGGAAGGAACAUAGUUAAUAGUAUCCAGAAAGUUUUUACAAAUUACAAACUUUAAAUGUAAAAGAAGAUAUAUUUGUUGUAAUUAUCAAAAAAUAUCGUUAUAGAAGAUUUGUGGGUUCGAAAGUUCUUAUUAUAGUUCUUUAAACAAUUUUAAUGUUAAUCUUCUAUUUCUUCGUUUAGAGCUAGCCAAGAUUCGUGAGUUAUCUAAAGGAGAGAACGAUGAAGGAGAUGUGAACCAAGUUAAUCUUGUCAAGGAUAAAGUUCAGCUGAAGAAAGCCAACAAAGCGCAGUCCGCAAUAUUGGUUGAGAAGAUCAAUACACGACUCUUGGCGGAAUUUUAUUAUUUUAGAAAUCCCGAAACUGUCGGCUAUUUUAGGUAAUACUUUUUAAUUUUUGUGUAAUCUUGAUGGUAUAACAUUGUUUUAGAUUCAAAAGCUGAUAUUCUAACUUUAUAACUGUUUUUAGCUGUAAAUCAAAAUAAUCAUUUCUUUAUAACCUUAUAUUAAAGAUUUAAACUUUUCAAUUAUCCAAAGACUUUCAGACCAGACUCAGCAGCUCAGAUUCUACAUAAUUCUGGGAUAAAAGCAGGAGAACGGGUUCUAAUUUACGACCAAUGUUUUGGAAUCAUGACGACUUAUGUUGUUGAACGCCUUGGCGGUCAAGGGACGUGUGUUUGUAUUCACAAUGGAGCUUCUGCUUCCAAUAUUACUUGCUUUCACAACAGACAGUUUAGCAAAGAAGUACGUUUUUUAUUUUUUUCUGUUUUUAGGUAUUAUUUUUGUGGAAAAAUUGAAGAACAUGAUUUGGAUUUGUUUGAAAAUGCUAACAUUUAAUGUGAAUAUGCUAAAGUUUUUUCCGAAAAUGGAUGAAAUUGGCUUAUUUUGGUCAAAAUAUAUUAACGCUUUAUAUUUAGUCGUAAAAGUUGAAACAAUGACCAAGGUUUAUUGAAAAGUUGAAAAGAGAUUUCUUUCAAACAAACACUGUUAAAAUUCAAUUUUUAGGUUAAAGACACGUUGAUAACAUUACCAUUAAAGAUGUUGGUGAAUACAGAAGAAGAGAAAAUGGAUUAUAAUGACGUGGAGAAUGGCGAGAAACCAGUGGAAACAGUGAAAGAAGAAAAGGUUUUGGACGAAGAAGCCAAAAAGAAACAGGUAUGACAUUAUUGUGAUAGGUAUUUUGUUGUAAAUUGCUUAGCAGUAUGCUUUAUAGAAAUUCAAGGGUUAUUAGUUAAGCCGGGCCUCAGGCUAUGAAUUAGGUUAUGGUUUAGUCUAUGGCUAGGGAUUAGGCUAGGGCUUGGGCUCGCGUUUAAGCUAGAGCUUAGGCUAGGAUUAGGGCUAAAGUAAAGGUAUUGGAAUAAAUUCAAAUGAAGUUUUGCUCUUUCUACCCACUUUUUGACCUAAAACUUAAAUAUUUUCAGGAAGAAGCAAUGAUCAGAGCGGCUGAAAAGAAAGCCAGACAAGAAGAAGCAGUAACAUGGUUCGAUGGUGACAUUCCAAACUUUGGUAGAUAUGAUUCUCUACUAGUAAUUUGCAAAAACGUCUCACCUGUGUCAGUUUUGGACUUGACUUUCAAAGCUGUGAGAACAAGUGGCACUGUGGUGGUGUAUUCGCCUUUCGAAGAGGUAAGUUUUUGUUUUCAGUUCAGUUUAUUUACUAGCUCAACCAUCAAAUACAAAUAAAAUCAUAACAUUGAAAUUACAUGUGACAAUAAUCUUUGAUCAAAAUUGAAUUUUUAAGCUUUUUAAUUGCAAGACUAUUUUAUAUUGUUUUAGGUAGACUUGAAGGGGCCAGACUUUUUUGAAAUUAAAAAAUAAUUUUAAAACUUUUUUAGGAAAUGGUAAAGACAAAAGCAUAUCUAGACGAUAAAAACUGUGUCCUAACCGAGAUUCGGUCCACCAAGGUACGGGAAAUCCAAGUACUUCCAAAGCGCACUCAUCCUCUAAUGCAACAACUUGUGGUAGGCGGGUAUUAUCUAUCGACUGUUAAAGGUUAUGACCCUACUUUGAAGGUGUGA